AUGAGCAGGAGGCAUUGGACUCGAUCAUGAAGGAUCUGGUGGCUCUCCAGAUGAGCCGACGUCCCCGGGUGUCUGGAUAUGAGACCAUGAAGAGCAAGGACGCGAGUCACCCAAAUAGGCAGAAAAAACACGGCAGCAGCAGCUCAGCCCUUCUGAACAGCCCCACAAUAACAACAAGCUCAUGUGCAGGGGCCAGUGAGAAAAAGAAAUUUUUGAGUGACGUCAGAAUCAAGUUUGAGCACAAUGGGGAGAGAAGAAUUAUAGCAUUCAGCCGGCCUGUGAGAUACGAAGAUGUGGAACUCAAGGUGGCAAAAGUGUUUGGGCAACCUCUUGAUCUGCAUUACAUGAACAAUGAGCUCUCCAUCCUGCUGAAAAACCAAGAUGAUCUCGAUAAAGCAAUUGACAUUUUGGACAGAAGCUCAAGCAUGAAAAGCCUUAGGAUAUUGCUGCUGUCCCAGGACAGAAACGAUACCAGUUCCUCUCCCCACUCUGGGGUGUCCAGGCAGGUGCGGAUCAAGGCUUCCCAGUCCGCUGGGGAUAUAAAUACCAUCUACCAGCCCCCUGAGCCCAGAAGCAGGCACCUCUCUGUCAGCUCCCAGAACCCUGGCCGAAGUUCACCUCCCCCUGGCUAUGUGCCUGAGCGGCAGCAGCACAUUGCCCGACAGGGAUCCUACACCAGCAUCAACAGUGAGGGGGAAUUCAUCCCAGAGACCAGCGAGCAGUGCAUGCUGGACCCCCUGAGCAGUGCUGAAAAUUCCUUGUCGGGAAGCUGCCAGUCCUUGGACAGGUCAGCAGAAAGUCCAUCCUUCAGGAAAUCACGAAUGUCCCGAGCCCAGAGCUUCCCAGACAACAGACAGGAGUACUCCGAUCGAGAAACCCAGCUCUAUGACAAAGGGGUAAAAGGAGGAACGUAUCCCCGGCGCUACCACGUGUCUGUGCACCAUAAGGACUACAAUGAUGGCAGAAGAACAUUUCCCCGAAUACGACGCCAUCAAGGCAACCUCUUCACUCUGGUUCCCUCCAGCCGCUCCCUAAGCACAAACGGCGAGAACCUGGGUCUGGCUGUACAGUACCUGGACCCCCGUGGACGCCUGCGGAGUGCAGACAGCGAGAACGCGCUUUCUGUUCAGGAGAGGAGUGUGCCGACCAAGUCUCCCAGUGCCCCCAUCAAUUGGCGCCGGGGGAAACUCCUGGGCCAGGGUGCCUUCGGCAGGGUUUAUUUAUGCUAUGAUGUGGACACAGGACGUGAACUUGCUUCCAAGCAGGUCCAGUUUGACCCGGACAGCCCUGAGACAAGCAAGGAGGUGAGUGCUCUGGAGUGUGAGAUCCAGUUGCUGAAGAACCUGCAGCAUGAGCGUAUAGUGCAGUACUACGGCUGCCUGAGGGACCGUGCCGAGAAGACUCUGACCAUCUUCAUGGAGUAUAUGCCAGGGGGCUCAGUGAAAGACCAGUUGAAGGCCUACGGAGCUCUGACGGAGAGCGUGACCCGCAAGUACACGCGGCAGAUCCUGGAGGGCAUGUCCUACCUGCACAGCAACAUGAUUGUUCACCGGGACAUCAAGGGAGCCAACAUCCUCCGAGACUCUGCUGGGAAUGUGAAACUGGGGGACUUUGGAGCCAGCAAACGCCUGCAGACCAUCUGCAUGUCAGGAACAGGCAUGCGCUCAGUCACUGGCACACCCUACUGGAUGAGCCCUGAGGUGAUCAGCGGCGAGGGCUAUGGAAGGAAGGCGGAUGUGUGGAGCCUGGGCUGCACUGUGGUGGAGAUGCUGACAGAGAAACCACCGUGGGCAGAGUAUGAAGCGAUGGCCGCCAUUUUCAAGAUUGCCACCCAGCCCACCAACCCUCAGCUGCCUUCCCACAUCUCUGAACACGGCCGGGACUUCCUGAGACGCAUUUUUGUGGAGGCUCAUCAGAGACCUUCAGCUGAGGAGCUGCUUACACACCACUUUGCACAGCUUGUGUACUGAGCUCUCGAGGCCAUGCUGCUGCUGGCCACCCCUGCUGCGUGGGCCAGGGGCUGCUGUGGGGCUCAGCAAAGGCGCUGCUUCUCCCAGGCAGAGCUGUGGACCGUGGAGCUGCAGUCCAGCCAGCACUUGUCGGUGCCCCUUCUGCCACUGCAGCUCAGAGCCAGCUGGGGUACCUGCAGCCACAAGGACUGGGAGACCCCAGCCUGCCAGACCUACGAGUCCGGCACCCCAAGUUCAGCGUGGAGGGGAAGGGCUGGGAAUAGUGUGCAAGGCAGCAGUGGGCCCCACCCUUGGGGUGUGUCCUGACGCCGCAGUCCGCACAGAAGCCCCGAGGGUCUGGGGCGCAGGCCUGACGCAAGGUUUGAAUAGUGUUAUUUUUACUCAGAGUGUUACUGUUUCUCCCAGUGCCCGGACACCACCGGAGUGUCUGGGCUGGCACCGCCCACCCCAGCCUACGGUAAAACCCAGCGACCCCCAGCCAGUGGAAGGCAGAGGCCUGGGCCGCCCUCUCCUGGAGCCCCCAGGUCAGCCUUGCCAGUCCUUGUCCUUUACCAAAGAUAAAGCAAAUGUCAUGCUGCCUUAUUCAGGGAAGGAGGAGCCUGUCCUGCCUGUCCCCAUGACCCUGCACCCUCAAGCAGGGGCUUGAGAGGUGGAACUGCCCCCACUGAGCGGGGAGACUCAGUUUUGUCAAUGCAGUUGUCUCUGUUUUACAAGUUGGAGUCGCUCAUAUGCUGUACCCAUUUUCUAAACUGGAGACGUGUGCCCCGAGCUCAGAGUACCCCUGUGUGGGCUUAGGCCUUGGGCUUCAUUGGAAAGAGCUGUUGCAGUAGCCUUUGUGCUCCUGGCCAAACAGUCCCUCUCCUGCUGGAGCAGAAAAGGUAAAAACUUAGGGCAUCCGGCCAGCUGGGUACCCUGACCUGACCGGGCGUUCAGGAGAGCCCCAAUAGUUGUCUUAGGCUGUGUGAGUCAUGACCCUGCCAGGCAGAGCCCACUCCGUCUGGUACAAGAAAAGCCCGUGCGCUGCCACCACCUGUCGAGAACCACCAGCUGUCCCUCCUUAGCCCACCUCCGCCGUCCCGGGGAGGUCCCGGUCUCCUCCGCGCCCCUUCCCUGUGGGAGGGUGGCAGCAGUGGUCGGGGAAACAGCGUCUCCAAGCAGCUCAGAGUUGGCCGUAUUUACCUCAGCCUGGGUGCUGGUCCUCCCUGCCUCCUUCCAAAAUGUGCCUAUGCUAGAGCUCCUCCCUCCCAGUGCCCAGUCUCCUUGGGAGCUGUCAUUAAUGAGGGUGGGGGCUAGUGCCCAGGAAUGGGCAUCUCCAGGGAGCUGGGGAUUAGUGCCAGGCAGCUCAUUGCCAGCCAUGCCCACUUCCCCAGGGGCACAGAACAAGCCAAAGCCUUCGUUGUAUGUUGACGAUGCACUUUUAUGAAUGUAGUUUCUAUCGCUGUUUUUAGCCUUUUCACAUCAUGUAAUGUGAGGCCUUGUACUUGUUAAUUUAUAUCUCAGAUCAUAUUGAUGGUUUUUAUAUAUAUCAAUCGUAGACUGUUACAGGUGAUGGACGCCUCAAGAGAGAAGAGAAAAUGAAAGCAGCUGGCUUUGCAGAACUGUGUGCUGCAUGGUGCCAGUGGGGCCCUAGCCCCUUUAUGCCAUCCCUUUUGCCAGGGGCCUCUGUCAGGCCACCUUCCACUGGCAGCUGCCCUAAGGCCAGCGAACAUACGCUCCUGCCUCCAUCUUGGCCCUUGCCCGGGUGGGGACCGGCCCAUCAUCUCGACCAAAGCUGCCAAGCAGCAGCUCAGCCUGUGACCCAUCUAAUUGCUGUAGCCUUCGCUGGCCCACGCGCUGUCCCUAGGGCCCCCUCUCCCCUCCCCCAAGUGGAAACAGCGUGGUGUCACUGACAAGAUGACUCUGUCCCAGGUUCGGGCGCUCUCAGAGCCUCUCCUCCAGGGUCUUCAGUUUUAAAAAUGAAUUUUAAAACAAGCCAACAAAUCCUGAACUCCAAAAAAACCAAAACGGACCCUGAUUUUUGUGCCAAAAGACUGCGGACAUGCUGGCUCAGCAUCCUCAGGACCAAGCUAUUGCAUAAUUUUAAUUUAUUGGGGUUUUUUUACUAACUAAUCCCAAUGAAACGUUAGGGGGCUCUAGGAUGGCCUGGGCCCAAAGGGUCUUAAGGCAGUUUGCGAGCAGCCCUGGGCUUAGGGUGGGAAGGGGUUAUGUUGUAAUUUCCUCAUUCCAUGGGGUGAGUCUGCCCUGGCCGCCCCCAUAUGGAAGGGCCAGUGCAUACCCUUCGACCCUUCCCCUCCAGCUCUGUGUGUGUCUGAGUUGUGGAUCGUGCAGAAGAACCUGCAGCCGUAGUUAUUUGACUAUAUCUUGACUGAGGGCUUGCAGUGCAAAGCCAGGCCAGUGUCACACAUUACUUUCAAUAAAAGGGAUCAUUUAUACUAGA